AGUCAACGUGUUGAACCAAAAACGUUGGCAGGCACGCCGCAAGGGAGCCUCCAAUCCAUAAAUACCGCUACUAAUAGCAGACUUUAAAAUCAGCUGGCACCAUUUUCUCUCUCUACAAAAAAGCACACACUCCUCUGCCUCUCCGCCCUCAGCUCUUCCUCCUCCGCCGUACGCCGCCGUCUGUUUGCUCUCUCCUCCGCCUCAAUCGAAAAAAUUCUACCUCAGUCCUCUACAGAAAGCAGCAGCGAAUCGAUCCACACGUACAGAAACUAACUCGGAGCAAUAAAUAAAUAAAAAAUGGCGAUUCAGUUGGAGAAUAUAGUGGAAUCGAUAAAAUCGAAGGUGAGAUCGUUGAAGAAAUCAACGAAAAAGAAGCCGUACGUAAAGAUGGACAAGAGCGCAAGCGUUAGGGUCGAGAUCCGUAGCCGGAAGGCCAAAAACAUCAUCACCAAAACUCUCAAAGCCGCCGAUCGCCCAGGGAAGAAACAACUCCCUUGAUUUCAUUUGAUUUGAUUCUUCUGUAAUCAUUUCUAUUUUUUUUCUGAAUAUUUUAUUACUUUAAUACUCAAAAGGAAUUCAGAACUCUGUUAUUCAAGUCGCCGAUUUCUGUGUUUCGUCGGUGCGAGUUUAAUUUCAAUCCAGGAAACCGUUUCGGUCCUUUUUUUUAAUUAUUAUUAUUAUUUUUAUUUUUAAUUAUGA